GCUUCCUGGUUUGAAGCACUGUGAUCUCAGGUACAGCCCAAACAUCUAGAUCGAGUGACUUGUGCGCCUCGGACCGCUAUGGUAGCGAUUCCCGUCUGCAUAUCUGGCUAGCGACAAACUUUUCCAGUAGUUUAGUUCACGUGCGUGAUGUCUAACUCUACCGGGAUGCAUUUUUACUUCAGCUGUGGGUGAAGCGCGAGUCUGCACGCGCCUUUAUCAGGAAGAGUUUUGAAGUGUCCGGGCUUCCAAACAUUAAGCAACCCGCACACCAGCGUACUUUAAAUAAGCAAGAUGUCUGAUUCGGCGUCCAGUUUCUUGCAUAUAGGGGAUAUCGUGUCCCUGUAUGCAGAAGGGACCGUUAAUGGAUUCAUAAGCACAUUGGGGCUGGUAGAUGACCGUUGUGUUGUGGAGCCAGCAGGUGGAGAUCUGGACAACCCUCCAAAAAAAUUCAGAGAUUGCCUUUUUAAGGUUUAUCCCAUGAAUCGAUAUUCUGCUCAGAAACAGUUCUGGAAGGCCAAACAGGCAAAGCACGAGAAGGAUAAGAUAGGAGACAUGGUUCUUCUUCAGAAAUUGCAACAUGCAGCUAAUCUGGAACAAAAACAGAAUGAUGCUGAGAACAAAAAGGUCCACGGGGACGUCGUAAAAUAUGGCAGUGUCAUUCAGCUCCUGCAUAUGAAGAGUAACAAGUAUUUAACAGUGAAUAAACGUCUUCCAGCGUUGCUGGAGAAGAACGCUAUGCGUGUUACUCUUGAUGGGACGGGGAACGAAGGAUCCUGGCUUUUUAUCCAGCCAUUCUGGAAGCUCAGAGCAAAUGGAGAUAACGUGGUAGUUGGAGAUAAGGUGAUGCUAAAUCCUGUUAAUGCUGGUCAGCCUCUCCAUGCCAGUAAUUAUGAACUUCCCGAUCAUCCGGGUUGUAAAGAGAUCAACUCGGUGAAUAGCAACACAAGCUGGAAGAUCACUCUCUUUAUGAUGUUCAGUGAUCACAAAGAUGAAGUCCUCAAAGGAGGGGAUGUGGUGAGGCUCUUUCAUGCAGAACAGGAAAAAUUUCUGACCUGUGAUGAGUACAAGGCUAAGCUGCAUGUAUUUCUACGCACAACUCUCCGCCAGUCUGCUACAUCAGCGACCAGCUCCAAUGCAUUGUGGGAAGUGGAGGUUGUGCAUCAUGAUCCCUGUCGAGGUGGAGCGGGACAUUGGAACAGCCUUUACCGAUUCAAACAUUUGGCCACAGGCAACUAUCUUGCUGCUGAGGAGAACCCAGGCUACAAAGAAAACAGCAGCAAUGAAAUAGAAGUGGACAGUGCUCGCAUCAAGCGGAGUCUCGGUGAGAGAAUAAAGUACAAGCUGGUCGCAGUGCCUCAUGGGAAUGAUAUCGCCUCUCUGUUUGAGCUGGAUCCCACCACAUUGCAAAAGACAGAUUCAUUUGUGCCAAGAAAUUCUUACGUUCGAUUCCGUCACCUGUGCACGAACACUUGGAUCCAAAGUACCAACAUUCCUAUCGACAUUGAUGAAGAGAGGCCAAUUCGAUUAAUGCUGGGCACCUGCCCGACUAAGGAAGACAAAGAAGCUUUCGCCAUCGUCUCUGUGCCGGUCAUGGAGAUUCGAGAUCUAGACUUUGCGAAUGACGCCAGUCUUAUGUUGAGCACCGUGGUAGACAAGUUAAACGUUGGUUUCCUAAAUCCUAAUGAUAGAAGAUAUGCCAUUAAACUGCUUGAGGAUGUGGUUUUCUUUGUCGUGGACCAGUUUAACAAUGGCCAGCCAGCCCUGGAGGUGACGAUGAACAAAGCCAACCGAGAGAGACAGAAGCUCAUGAGAGAACAGAACAUUUUAAAGCAGAUAUUUGGAAUCAUUAAGGGCCCAUUUAAAGAGAGAGAAAAUGAAGGUCCCCUCCUGAAGUUGGAGGAGCUGUCUGAUCAGAAGAACGCCCCCUAUCAGUACAUGCUCAGACUGUCCUACAGGGUUCUGCGUCACUCGCAGGAAGACUACCGUAAAAAUCAGGAGCACAUAGCCAAACAGUUUGGAAUGAUGCAGUCUCAGAUUGGCUAUGAUAUUCUGGCUGAGGACACCAUUACAGCUCUGCUACACAAUAACCGCAAGCUGCUAGAGAAACACAUCACUAAAACUGAGGUGGAGACCUUCGUCAGUCUGGUUCGCAGGAACAGAGAGCCCAGGUUUCUGGACUAUCUUUCAGACCUCUGCGUCUCCAAUAACGUGGCGAUUGCUGUGACUCAAGAGCUGAUCUGUAAGUGUGUGCUGGAUGCCAAGAACCAGGAUAUUCUCAUGAAAACAGAGCGUCGACCUCCAAAAGAUGGUCAUACCUCUGAAUACGUGGAAGAAUUUGGAGAGGAAGAUGAAGUUUGGUUGAUCUGGUCUGAUAAGCAGAACGAGACCCACGAUAAGAGCAUUCGGCAGCUUGCCCAAGAGGCCCGGCAAGGAAAUUUGCAUGACGAAAAUGUGCUUACAUAUUACAGGUACCAGCUUAAACUGUUCGCCCGGAUGUGUUUUGAUCGCCAAUACUUGGCCAUUGAUGAGAUCUCAAAGCAGCUGGAUGUGGAGCUGAUUUCUCUGUGUAUGAUGGAUGAAACGCUUCCCUUUGAUUUGCGGGCGUCCUUCUGUAGACUCAUGCUGCAUGCGCACGUAGAUCGUGACCCUCAGGAGCUUGUGACACCCACAAAGUUUGCUCGCUUGUGGACGGAGAUCCCCACCUCUAUCAGCAUCAAAGAUUAUGAUUCUCACUUGGACAACUCAAGAGACAAUAAGAAGAACAAGUUCGCCAAUACGAUGGCUUUUAUGGAGGAAUAUCUCAACAAUGUUCUCAUUGAUGACCUGCCGUUUGCCAACGAGGAGAAAAACAAGCUAACGUAUGAGGUGGUGAGCUUGGCGAGGCAUCUCAUCUACUUUGGGUUCUAUAGUUUUUUCGAGCUCCUGAGAUUGACCCGCACUCUCCUGGGAAUCAUAGACUGCACACCGAACGCUGCCACAAUGAAUCCCUCAUUCAACGAUGAUGGUGGCGGCAAGAAUGUCAGGCGCUCCAUCCACGGUGUUGGACAGAUGAUGUCCACUAUGGUGUUGAACAGAAAACAGUCCGUUUUUUCCGGCCCUGGUCGGACUGGUGCUAUGGACAACCAGGCUGGCAGUAAGGAUAGCAUUGACACACAGGACAUCACUGUGAUGGACACCAAACUGAAAAUCCUUGAGAUAUUACAGUUUAUCCUCAGUGUGCGACUGGACUAUCGGAUUUCCUUUAUGCUUUCCGUCUUCAAGAAAGAGUUUGUGGAAGUCUAUCCUAUGACAGAUGCAGAUGCGACACAUCACACAGAGCAUGAUGCUUCCAUCAACCUUCUGCAAAUUGGAGAGCAGGCAGAGGCAAUGUUUGGAAUCGGUAAGGGAAACAGCAUUCUGGAGGUGGACGAUGAAGGUGGAAGAAUGUUUCUCCGGGUUCUGAUCCACCUCAUCAUGCACGACUACCCUCCGUUGGUUUCUGGCGCCCUCCAGUUGCUUUUCAAACACUUCAGUCAAAGACAAGAGGUCCUGCACACCUUCAAACAGGUUCAGCUCCUCAUUUCAACUCAGGACGUGGACAACUACAAAAACAUCAAACGUGAUCUGGAUCUUCUGCGCACCAUGGUGGAGAAGUCAGAGCUUUGGGUCAUUAAGAAAAGCACCUCUGGGGGAGAUGGAAAGAAAGACAAGAAAGACAAAAAAGACAAGAAAGAGAAAAAAGAAGUUGAAGCGCCGCCACCAGAGGAGGACACAGAAGCGAAGAAACAAAAAGUUGAAAGGAGCAAUGAAAGCUACCAGAACGUCAAAGAGAUCCUUGAGCGUUUGAAUAAAAUGUGCAGUUCAGGUGUCUUUAAAAAGCAACAGAGGCUAUUGAAGAACAUGGGUGCCCAUAAAGUGAUGUUGGAUCUGUUGCAGAUCUCUUACGAUCGGAAUGACACCAAAAUGCUGGAGAUCAUCAAGUACACGCACCUAUUCCUACAGAAGUUCUGCACAGGCAAUCUGGAGAAUCAGUUUCUCCUUCAUAAACACCUCAACCUCUUUCUAACCCGUGGGCUCUUGGAGGCAGAAACAUUGCAGCACAUUUUCAGUAACAAUUACCAGCUCUGUUCUGAGAUCAGCGAGACUGUGCUGCAUCAUUUUAUCCACUGCCUCGCCACCCAUGGCCGCUACAUCCAGUACCUCAACUUCCUGCACACAAUCAUUAAAGCAGAAGGGAAAUACGUAAAGAAAUGUCAGGACAUGAUCAUGACUGAGCUUACAAGUGCGGGCGAUGAAGUGGUCGUCUUCUACAACGAUAAGGCAUCAUUUGCCACCAUGGUUGAACUGAUGACACAAGCGAGGGAGGGAGUGACGGAGGACAGCCCUCUGCGUUAUCACAUCUCUCUUGUAGAGUUACUAGCUGCAUGUGCGGAGGGUAAAAACGUCUACACUGAGAUUAAAUGCACAUCUCUGCUGCCCCUAGAGGACAUGGUGAGAGUGAUCACGCAUGAAGACUGCAUCACAGAGGUGAAGAUUGCCUACGUAAACUUUGUCAACCACUGCUAUGUUGACACAGAAGUGGAGAUGAAGGAAAUCUAUACCAGCAAUCACAUCUGGAAGCUGUUUGACAACUUCACUACAGAUAUGGCCAGGGUGUGUUCGAUCCGUGAGAAGCGCAUGUCAGACACUGUGCUGGAGAAAUACGUUAUUCAGGUGGUUUUAGACACUAUAAAUGCCUUCUUCAGCUCUCCCUUCUCGGAAAACAGCACCACUACAGAGGCUCAUCACACAACAGUAAAACAGCUGCUACAGUCCACCAUGCGUCUGCUAGACUGUCCAUGGCUGCAAGCACAGCAAAAAAUCCAAGUUGAGGCCUGUAUUCGAACUUUGGCCAUGACAACAAAGAUUCGCAGCAUAUCUCUACCGGUGGAGCUUGAAGCUCUUGUCAACAUGAUGUUAAGUCAGAGUAACUCCAACACAUUGUCUCGCACCAUCCUCACCAGUAAAAACCUGUCACGCCUCACACGGCCUUCUGCUCCCACCAACCCAUGGGACUACAAAAACAUCAUAGACAAACUACAGGAAAUCAGUAACACACUGGAGGAGCGUCUGAUGCCUCUGGUUAACGCUGAGCUAUCAGUGCUGGUGGAUGUGCUACAUCAGCCUGAGCUUCUCUUUAUGGAAGGCACUGACGCACGGACACGUUGUGAAUCGGGAGGCUUCAUAUCUAAACUGAUUCAACACACUAAAGCCUUGAUGAACUCGGAUGAGAAGCUCUGUAUCAAAGUCCUCAGAACUCUACAAGAAAUGCUCAUUCGGGAAAUGGACUUUGAUGAGAAGGGGUUUGCCUUGAGAAAGGUGUUGCUUCAAAACUACCUCUAUAACAACAAAAAGAACAUAAAGGCAGAAGUUCCUGAACAUGCUGGUGGUGGAGAGGUGGAGAGAGACUGGAUUGCUGUGGCAGCGUUACAGUGUCGACUAGAUAGAGAAGGCGGCACCAAACUCUUCAUAGAUCUCAUAACCAGCACGAAGAAUGAGAAGAUCUUCCAGGAGAGCAUACAGUUUGCCAUCUCUUUGCUGGAAGGGGGCAAUACAGAGAUUCAGAACUCAUUCUACAAACUCAUGAUGGGUGAUAACAAGUCUGAGAAGUUUUUUAAAGUGCUGAAUGAUCGCAUGAAGAAUGCUCAGCUGGAAGUCAAAUCCAACAUUUCAGUCAAUGUGGGGGAAAUGAGCAACAAAGCAAAAGAUGACAAGGAUCUAGAGCCAGGUGGAGUGCCUUCCUUUGCCCAGCCUGAGCAGGCACCCCAACAGCCUGAGCAGCAGGAAGUCGAGACAGAAAUGGGUCCGGUUGUCACCAUCAUGAAACCCAUCCUGCGCUUUUUACAGCUGCUGUGUGAGAACCACAAUCAAGAUCUUCAGAAUUUUCUUCGCAGUCAGAGCAACAAAACAAACUAUAAUCUGGUGUGUGAAACACUCCAGUUUCUGGACAUCAUGUGUGGGAGCACAACAGGUGGACUGGGUCUGCUGGGUCUUUACAUUAAUGAGAAUAAUGUAGAGCUGAUCACACAGACCCUGGAGACGCUCACAGAGUACUGCCAAGGACCCUGCCAGGAGAACCAGACUUGCAUUGUUUCUCAUGAGUGCAAUGGCAUUGACAUCAUCACAGCCUUGAUACUGAAUGACAUCAGUCCACUGUGCCGUUACCGUAUGGAGCUGGUGUUGCAGCUCAAGGACAACGCCUCUAAGCUCCUGCUCGCUCUGAUGGAAAGUCGUCAUGAUAACGAGAAUGCAGAGAGAAUCCUGUUUAACCUUCGACCUCGGGAACUGGUGGAGGUUAUAAAGAAAGCUUACUGGCAAGAGACAGAAUGUGAGGAGGGGGAAGUGUCACCGCGAGAAGUCGGCCACAACAUCUACAUCCUGGCACUACAGCUUGCCCGACACAACAAAACGCUUCUCACGCUUCUCAAACCACAAAAGAAGAUGAACAGUGAAGGAGAGGAGGGCAUCUCCUCUAUGCUCACCUUGAACAAGCAGGAGGAAUCAAAAGAGGAUCCUUUAGAAUACUACGACCAUAAAACCUCUAACAUUGAGAUCGUACGUGAGGACCGCAGCAUGGAGCAGAUCGUGUUUCCUGUUCACCCCAUUUGCGAGUUUUUGACAGAGGAGUCAAAGUUUCGUGUGUUCACCACCACAGAGCUAGACGAGCAGGGCAGCAAAGUCCCACAUUUCUUUGAACAGACCUCAUUCCUGCACAAUGAAAUGGAGUGGCAGAAAAAGCUUCGCAGCAUGCCAGUAUUGUUCUGGUUCUCCCGUCGAAUGUCUCUUUGGGGCACCAUAUCCUUCAAUCUGGCUGUCUUCAUCAACCUCAUCAUUGCUUUGUUUUACCCGCACGAUACUGAUCAAAUCGGUACCAUAGACUCAUCAAUGCUGAUUAUGAUGUUUUGGGGUUUUUCCGGACUGGCUGUCGUGGGUUUGUUAUCUAAGCGUUAUGGGUUCCAGGCUCUCACCGUCACCAUCACUCUGCGGUGCAUCUAUCACUUCGGCAUCGGACCCACGCUCUUCCUGUUGGGGGGUCUCAAUUUGAUCAAUAAGAUUGUGUAUGUUGUGAGCUUUGUGGGAAAUAACGGCACUUUCAUCAUGGGUUACAAAGCCAUGGUAAUGGAUGUUGAGUUCCUGUACCACGUGGUCUACGUGGUGAUCAGUACUCUGGGGUUGUUUGUCCAUGAACUCUUCUAUAGCCUAUUGCUGUUUGAUCUGAUCUACCGCGAGGAGACACUCCUAAACGUCAUAAAGAGCGUCACGCGCAACGGACGUUCGAUUCUUCUCACAGCUGUUCUGGCCAUCAUCCUGGUCUACCUUUUCUCCAUUGUGGGCUUUCUGUUUCUCCGGAAUGACUUUAUCAUGGAAGUGGAUCAUCUUGCUGCCCCAGAUACAGGAACAGAUGACUCUAUGGAAAGCUGCGGUGCAGAUGGAGUAGAUUGCACAGAGGAAACCGGUUUGGUUGCACCAGCAGAAGAAGAGGAAGAUAACACAGAGAGAGCUUGUGACACACUUCUGAUGUGCAUUAUUACUGUACUGAAUCAUGGGCUGAGGAAUGGAGGAGGCGUGGGAGAUGUUUUGCGCAAACCAUCUAAAAAUGAGCCCUUGUUCCCUGCUCGGGUGGUGUAUGACCUUCUCUUUUUCUUCGUUGUGAUCAUCAUCGUCCUCAAUUUGAUCUUCGGUGUGAUUAUCGACACUUUCGCUGACCUCCGUAGUGAAAAACAGAAGAAGGAGGAAAUCCUGAAGACCACCUGUUUCAUCUGCUGUCUUGAGAGGGACAAGUUUGAUAAUAAAACGGUUUCUUUUGAAGAGCACAUUAAACUAGAGCACAACAUCUGGAACUACCUCUAUUUCAUUGUCCUUGUACGAGAGAAAAACAAGACUGACUACACUGGCCCAGAGAGCUACGUGGCCCACAUGAUAAAGAAUAAGAACCUAGAUUGGUUCCCGCGCAUGCAGGCCAUGUCCCUCGUUGUAACAGAAGGUGAUGGGGAACAGAAUGAGAUGAGAAACCUCCAGGACCGUCUCAGCUCUACCAUGAAUGUUGUCACACAACUCACAGGCCAGUUAAUAGAGCUGAAAGAACAGAUGACCGAGCAGAGGAAGAGAAGGCAGAGAAUGGGUUUUGUGGAUGUUCAGUCUGGCCCGAACCCUGGCAUGCCCCUCCCUCCUAGUGCUGCUGGGGGAAAUAAUCAAGCCUUCAAGUCCUAACUCCCCCAACUAAUCCUUCAUAAACUUUAUAGGAGCAAUAAUGGGAUUCAUUUCUCCUGAUGUUCUUCUCAAUCCAAAAUGGUGGUUACAUUUUAAACUGAAUGUCUGAUUGGAUCUACACAUCCACAGAAGCACUACUGACCCGAUCGUUUGGUUGUUCUUUUAGGGGCUGAUGGUUUUAAUUAUUUUUUUAUAUAAAGCUUUUAUUUUGUUUGUUUUUUAGCAACCUUUGGUUGAGAUUUUUUAAAUGUUCAUUUAUUUAAAAUUCAUGGCUGUACAGAUUAUGUAAGGCAGGUGAAGAUGCACAAGCUGAAUAAUCUUGCAUCAUGCACCUGUAUGGAUACGAAUGUAAUGAUAACUCAUAAGUGUUUUGAAUGUGAUAAUAUGAUCGUGAAUGAACCAUACAUGAAGUCUUUUCAACAUGUAUGUUAAACUAGGUAAUGCCAAUAUCAGGUUUAAGAAUAAAGUUAUAGUAUAUAGCGGUUAUAUUUGCUACAACAUAGUUUGUAAAUGGGAUUAUGCAUAGCAGUGUACUAAAUUGUGAAUAAGUUUAUACCGUUUUAAGUGCCUAAUAUUAUAUCUGUCAAACAAACAUGAACUGACUGUUCAGGAAAAUAACAUAUUGUAUCUGUUAUAGAAACAGCAGUCUGAUGUAAGAAUACUGUAGCGCAGGUGUCUUGUGCUUUAACUAGACACAUGAAUAUAUGUGCAUAUUUAAUAUGACUGUAUUUUAAUCAUGUAUUGCGUGACCAAGAUUAAGUUAUAUAUCAUCUUUUACUAUGGAUCAUUUAUAAUAGGGCCACAAAAGAAUGCUGGAACAUACUUGUAUUUUGGCCAUUCAUCUGUAGUAUUAAUGUCAAUUUAAGAACUCAUUUACAUUAUGUU